GGGUGAGAGAGAGAGAGAGAGAGAGUGUGUGUGUGUGUGUGUGUGUGUUUGUCAGUCCCGCGUGUCUCUCCUCCUUCCUGCUGCUGGAGUUCCGUCAUGUGCCUUACCGGAGAGGAGCGCGUGAACCCGAGCGCGUGAGACAGACCCGGGACUGAAUGCGGACGAAACCGGAACCCCGAUCAGUGCGGUUCUGAUUGGACCGUGUGCUGUUCGCCUGCAGGAAUUCUGGGAGUCUCCUCUGACACCUCCCUCAGGAGCUCCGGAAUCUUCCGCACCAUGAGGAGUGUGUGGGCUCUGUGCUGCCUGGUCCUGGUCCCUACCGCGCUCACACUCGCGCUCCUCCCAGACCUUCAUCCGGACCCGGACCCGGACCCGGGACCAGACCCAGACCCUGACCCUGGUGUAAACAGAACUGGGGGGAGGUACCUCCACAUCGGAGACGGAUCCUCCCUGGAGUUUGAGUUCCCUGAAAACACGAAAGGUGUGAUCGUGAUCUCGAGCCGGUGGCAGAGCUGGAGGCAGACGGUGCGAGUGCGCUCUUUAGAACCGGACGUGCUCUCCAUCCUGAACGUCAGCGACAGCGGCGGUGGGCGCGGCGGCCCGGUGAACAGCUACGUCAUCAGUAUCCGCUCGGGAUUCCCCGGGACGGCUCCGCUACUAAUCCAGCUGCUGGACCUGGGGCGUAGCGCCGAGCCGUUCCUGAUCGAAGAGCGGCGGGAUUAUUCCAUCCGCGUGGCGCCGGGCAGCGACGAGGACGACGUAUCUGCACAGCUCGCUCAUUUCUCAGAGAACCCGGUUCUGUUCGCAUUGCUGCCCCUCAUCUUCGUCAACAAAUGUGCGUUCGGAUGUAAGGUGGAGGUGGAGGUGCUGCGCGAGCUCGUGCGCCGGCCCGUCCCGCUCCUCCUCGGGAUCGUGGGCCAGUUCCUGGUGAUGCCGCUGUACGCCUACGCCGUGUCCCGGCUGGCCGCGUUGCCCAAAGCGCUUGCCCUGGGUCUGGUCAUCACGUGCUCGGCGCCGGGCGGAGGAGGCGGCUACCUGUACAGCCUGUUGCUGGGCGGAGAUGUGACCCUGGCCAUCUGCAUGACCCUAGUGUCCACCGUGUUCGCAACAGCGGCCAUGCCUCUUUCGUCAGCGCUGUACGGGCGGAUGCUCGGCGUCCACGCCGCCCUCCACGUGCCGUUCGUGAAGAUCCUGGGGACGCUGCUGUUCAUCGCCAUCCCCAUCUCGCUGGGUGUCUGCGUGAAGCUGCGGCUGCCUGCGCUCACACGGGUUCUCCUCGCCCUCAUCCGCCCCUUCAGCUUCCUGCUCAUCGUGGGCGGAGUCUUCAUGGCGUAUCAGAUGGGCGCCUCCAUCCUGGCCGACGUGCAGGUCCACAUCGUGCUGGUGGGCGUCACGGUGCCGGUGCUGGGACUGCUGGUGGGCUUCGGGCUGGCGCGCGUGGCCGGGCUCGACGUGCCCCAGAGGAGGACGGUGGCGAUCGAGGUGGGCGUACAGAACAGCCUCCUCGCCCUCGCCGUCAUGCAGCUGUCGUUCCACCGCGCCGAGGCCGACUUCGCUUCCCAGGCGCCGUUCAUCGUCGCGCUCAGCAGCACCAGCGAGAUGCUCCUGAUCGUCCUCGCACAUCUCACACACAGACGGGUCUGCCACACGGACACGACCGACACCGAGACCUAACACACACACUCGCACACACACAGCAACCAAAGACAUUCCUUUUUUUCUAAUCACUGAAUGAACCUUGUGUAAGAGAUUCCUGAUAUUUUUCUAACACGUUUGUGUGUUUUGUACGUUUGUAUCCUGUUUAUAAAUCUGUGUGUGUGAGUGUGUGUGAGUGUUGAGCUCUUUGUGUGGUAUUGGUUGUCUUUGACAAUAUAUGUACUUGAAUUGUGUGUGUGAGUGAGUGUGUGUGAGAGAGAGAGGUGAAUAAACCCAUUUUGAAAGGGA